UGUGAGCAAAAAACCCUGACCUCUUAAAUUAAUUCCAGUCAAAAAUUAUCCAGCAGGGCAGCAGCACUCCAUUUCAGUGCUACAGACUUACUUGCUUCUCAUUUCAGUUCACAAAAUGAUGUCCCGAUUGGCUGUGUGUGUGGCAACAAGAGGUGCAAGACAAUUCUCGACAUCUGUUCAAAACUCGUCUAAGGUUGCUGUACUUGGUGCAGCUGGUGGCAUCGGCCAGCCUUUGGCCUUACUGUUGAAGAAUAGUCCACUAGUGUCACAGCUUUCCCUCUACGACAUUGUGGGUACUCCUGGAGUGGCAGCUGAUCUGAGCCACAUAGAGACCAAGGGCCAAGUGACAGGACAUGUGGGAGAUGAGCAACUGGAUGAUGCUUUGAAAGGCUGCGAUGUCGUCGUUAUUCCUGCUGGUGUGCCCAGAAAGCCAGGAAUGACUCGUGAUGAUCUUUUCAACACUAAUGCAUCGAUUGUCAAGAAUUUGGCAAGGGCGUGCUCAAGAAACUGCCCUGAGGCUAUGCUACUGAUCAUCACCAACCCAGUCAAUUCCACUGUCCCUAUCGCAUCAGAGGUCUACAAGAAAGCUGGAUGUUACAACCCCAACAGAAUCUUUGGAGUGACCACCCUUGACGUAGUGAGAUCUAAUACAUUUGUGUCAGAAGCCAAAGGCCUCAAUGUGGCUGAGACUAAUGUCCCGGUUAUUGGAGGUCAUUCAGGAGUCACAAUCCUCCCUUUACUCUCUCAGACUACACCUAAUGUUAGCUUCACUAACGAGGAGCUGGAAAAAUUAACGGACAGGAUUCAAAAUGCUGGUACUGAGGUCGUCAAUGCCAAGGCUGGGGCCGGCUCUGCGACACUCUCAAUGGCCUAUGCAGGUGCAAAGUUUACUAUCAGACUGUUAGAGGCAAUGGGUGGAAAAAGUGGUGUUGUGGAGUGUGCCUUUGUCCAGUCUGACCUAACUGAGGCCAAUUACUUUGCCACACCCCUACUCCUGGGCAAAGGAGGGGUAGAGAAGAACCUCGGUAUGGGAACACUCUCUGCCUUCGAGCAAGAGAAGAUGAAAGAGGUGAUUCCAGAAUUGCUAACAAACAUCAAAAAAGGAGAAGAAUUUAUUGAAAUGUCGUUAGACGUUGAUGUUUUUGGACACCAGUUUUCGCUGGACAUGCAAGACGGUCUGCCUCUAGAUGUUGAACCACUUCAGGAAUCUGAAGAUGAGGAUGAAGCUGAAGGUACCAGCACUCCUACUGAGCAGGACUCAUCACAGGAAAGUGGGGGAACUAGUCCAAUGGACACUAUAGAGGAGCAGCUUGAGACGGUCCAGCUCACUUCUGAGACUGUGAACAAGACAUCUGAGAAAGUGGGUCCUGAGUGCUUUGAUCUGCUCAAGGUCCUGGGUAAGGGUGGCUACGGGAAGGUGUUUCAAGUAAAAAAGAGAACAGGAAACGAUACAGGGAAGAUCAUGGCCAUGAAAGUCUUGAAGAAGGCAUCUAUUGUAAGGAGCAAGAAAGACACUAUCCAUACCAAAGCUGAGAGGCACAUUUUGGAGGCUGUGAAGAGUCCGUUCAUUGUCGACUUGUUCUAUGCAUUUCAAACUGAUGGCAAACUCUAUCUCAUAUUGGAAUACUUGAGAGGGGGAGAGCUGUUUGCCUUGUUAGAGAGAGAGGGAGUGUUUCUGGAGGAUGCAGCUAGUUUCUACCUUGGUGAAAUAGUGCUAGCUCUGGAGCACCUUCACUCCAAUGGAAUCAUAUACAGAGACCUCAAGCCUGAGAACAUCAUGUUGGACUCCUAUGGGCACGUGGUCCUUACUGACUUUGGUCUUAGCAAAGAGUCUCUGUUUGGUGACGCCACUACACACACCUUCUGUGGUACCAUCGAGUACAUGGCUCCAGAAAUCCUACAAAGAAUCGGCCAUGGCAAGGCAGUAGACUGGUGGAGCCUGGGAACACUCAUGUACGACAUGCUCACUGGAGCUCCUCCAUUCUGCGCUGAGAACCGUAAGAGGACAAUUGACAAGAUUCUCCAUGCCAAACUGCAUCUUCCCCCCUAUCUCACACCAGCAGCUAGAGACCUCAUCAAAAAGCUGCUAAAGAGACACCCUCCUAACAGAUUAGGGGGAGGGGCCAACGAUGCUGAUCCCAUCAAGAGCCAUCUUUUCUUCAAACAGAUCAACUGGACUGACUUACUGGCAAGGAAAGUGGAGCCUCCUUACAAAAUUGAUGUGCACGGAGAGGACGACACAAGUCAGUUUGAUGCUAAGUUCACUCAGAUGCCUCCCGUUGACUCACCGGUGGAAUCUAAACUCAGUGAGAGUGCCAACCUUAACUUCCAGGGUUUCACUUACGUCGCUCCGUCUGUUAUGGAAGAGAUCUACAAAAUGGAGCAGGAGAAGCAGCAGCCAUCUUCAGUGACUGCCAGACCAAGGGGACCUAGAUCUCCUCGUAAAGGAUUAUUCUCACCUAAGAACUUGGUGACGGCCUCCUCAAGACAAGUGUUUGGAUUCGACGCCCCUGGAUCCUCGACCCCACCCCCCACAACUGCCCUCCCAUUCACCACCUCUACGACAACUAUCUUCACGACUCCGCCUCUCUCACACACUCACGCGAGUCAUAAUAGACAUGAGCCAAUGGUCACGAAUGGCUUCAGUACCACCUCUGGUAUUUCCGUCCCCGAAAACUCUACAGCUAAUGAACUUGACUACAACUACGCUGUAGAUGGGCCUUACCAUCAUCAAGAUUUCGGUCAAGCAGGUUUUAAAACUGGUUUGUUAGGAGAGGACACCCAGAGAUUGGGUAACAGUGUGUCACCUGCAAUAUCGGCGAAGUCUUUCCAUGCCAACCGAAAGAUAUCACCCCCUAUCAAUAGACCCGAACACUUGAGAUUCUCUUAACCUAGCUGUCUAAUGUUAAUUUAUAUGCCAGUGUAUAAUUGGUGCGUGUGUGUGCACUUAAUAUCCAGAACGAUGUGAUUUAUUUUGUGAAUUAUUUAUUUCAUCACUUUUUACUCAAUAAUAAUAAUUAUUCUGUGUUACGGACUUCAAACUGAUAAUUAUGAUUAUUAUAAAUGUAUAG